AUGCGCCGCCACCGGCGUGUUGUCGCGAGACUGCGGCGCGACGGCCGCGCUACAUGUCACGGUGCGGCGAGCGCUGAGCGCUUGGUCACCGACUCGCAGUGGCGACGCCGUCCUACUGUCUGCUGGCGGCCGGGACUGCGUUGCACCGCCCCGCUGCACCGCCCGCCCCCCACCGACCCACCACCCCCCCACUGCCCCCCACCGCCCCGCCCCGAACAAUUUUCCGCAUCGGGUGGGAAAAAUCGAUUGUGCAGCGAGCCCCGAAUAAUUUCGGCAAGACGCACGGCGCCCUUGCGUCGCCCUGCCAGCGUCGAGCGGUCAAGCGCAGCGCUACCACCGCGAGAGCACCUCAACUUUAUCACAACAAUGGCACUUGCUCUACUUUUUCAUAUAUUUUUU